CGUACUGUACAGUGUACACAUGUUGAUACGGGAACUAGAGAUCCAGAGCUCCAAAGAAUGGAGUACGAGCUAACUUCAGAUGAUUCUGAUCAUGAUGAUAGCGGGCUGAUUGGAAAGCGAAAAACUUUACGAGCGUACUCUCCGCAAAUUAGACGUCGAAUCGUUGUUGGUGUUGCAGUGGGACUCGUCAUCAUCAUUAUCAUUUUGGGCGUGGGAUUGGGGGCGGGCCUAGGGAACAGUGGCAGCAGCAGAAGCACCUGCGAACAAGUGGACAAACUUGAACGCUUCAACUGUUUUCCCGGGCGCAAUACUAAUGCAGCCGAAUGUUCUCGUAGAGGCUGUUGCUGGAAUGAUGAGGUAACCGACAACUCACCUAGAUGUUACUACGCAGCUGACUAUGUGCAAGGAUACGAAGUCAGCUCUGUUGAACAUUCGGAUCUUGGACCAAUGCUUUAUCUCUCGUGGCUGAAGAAGUCUUAUUUUUCCGCAGACCAGUUUCCAUACCCUGGUGCUGUCGAGAAGCUGGCUGUGAAAGCAUUGUUUGAGACCAACAAUAGGCUGCAUGUCAAAAUAUAUGAUCCAGCAAACAAGAGAUACGAAGUACCAAUUGAACUUCAACAAGGAAAUUCAAUGCAAAAGGAUUAUCGAGACUAUGAAUUCUCAUACACAAAGUCACCAUUUUCUUUUGUCGUUAAAAGGACAUCAACUGGAACAGUUUUAUUUAAUACAAAUUAUGGAAGUCUAGUCUUUUCCGACCAGUUCCUUCAGAUAUCGUCAUCGCUUCCUUCUGAUUUGGUGUAUGGCCUAGGAGAACACAUUCAUAGAAGAUCUGAAGUUGAAAGCAAGCCAUCUCAAAGAAUUGAUCUAGCAAAGUGGACAACGGUAACUCUCUUCACUAGAGACAUCUUUCCUGAGGAUCCAGCCUGGAAUCUCUAUGGGGUGCAUCCAUUCUACUUGGCAAUUGAGCCAUUGAUAAAUGGAGAAAGAAAAUCAUAUGGUGUCUUAUUUCUGAACAGUAAUGCCAUGGAUAUAGCACUACAGCCCUUGCCAGCCAUUACAUACAGAACAACUGGUGGAAUAAUGGACUUCUACUUCUUUGUGGGAGACACGCCAGAAGAUGUAAUUCAACAGUACACUGCACUUAUUGGACACUCAUUCAUGCCUCCUUAUUGGUCUUUGGGUUUCCAUCUUUGCCGCUGGGGUUAUGGAACUGCAAACAAGACUCAAGAGGUUGUAGACAAGAUGAGGAGUCUUGGUAUUCCUCAGGAUGUGCAGUGGAAUGAUAUUGAUUACAUGAGAGAUUAUCUGGACUUCACUUACGACAAAGAAAAAUUUGGUUUAUUACCCCAAUUAGUACAACAUUUGCACAACAAUAACCAGAAAUACAUCAUGAUUGUGGAUCCUGGAAUAUCGAUCACACAACCACCUGGAAGUUAUCCUCCAUACGACCAAGGACUCAAAUUAGGCAUUUUUAUUAAUGUAUCCAAAACAAAUAACAUUCCAAUUGUUGGACAGGUCUGGCCGGGAAAGACUGCGUUUCCUGACUUUACAAACCCACAGUCUACUUCUUACUGGACAGAAAUGAUUCGGAACUUCCACAAUGAGAUACCAUUUGAUGGAUUAUGGAUUGACAUGAAUGAACCAUCAAACUUUGUUCAAGGUUCAAUCAAUGGGUGUCCAAAGUCAUCACUAAAUGAUCCACCUUUUCUGCCAGGCAUUGUAGGUGACAAGCUGUAUGACAAAACUCUGUGCAUGACGUCUCAACAAACAGCAUCAGAACACUACAAUGUUCACAGUCUGUAUGGUCACACAGAGUCUAUAGCUACUGCAAAAGCUUUACAAACUGUACUGCAAAAGCGAUCACUGGUUAUAUCAAGAUCUACUUUUGUAAGCUCGGGUCACUAUGUAGGACACUGGCUGGGUGAUAAUCAAAGCACAUGGUCAGACCUAGCUAGGUCUAUUACAGGGAUACUUGAUUUUAGCCUAUUUGGCAUCUCAAUGGUUGGUGUCGAUAUCUGUGGCUUUGGUGGACACAACACGACAGAAGAGCUUUGCACGCGUUGGAUGGAGCUUGGAUCAUUCUACCCAUUUUCUCGAAAUCACAAUGCAAACAACAAAAAUCCACAAGAUCCAGCAUCAUUUAGUGAAAAUGUUGCUGUUCCUGCCAUGAGGAAUGCACUUACAUUGAGGUAUAAGCUUCUUCCUUACCUCUAUACAUUAUUCUAUCAAGCCCACAUCAAUGGAACAACAGUUGCUCGACCUCUGUUCUUCGAAUUUCCAAAUGAAAACAUGUUUGACAUUGGCUACGAGUUUAUGUGGGGCAAAGCACUUUUAAUUGCACCUUUACUCGAAGAAGGAGCUGACAAGACUGAUGUUGUUUUUCCACCGGCUUACUGGUAUGACUUCCAUACAGGAUCUCCCAUUGUUGAGGGAAUUUCAGCAACUAUAACUGUCAAUGCCCCUCUUGGGAAAGGUCAAGUUCCUCUGUUCAUACGUGGUGGAUAUAUUGUACCUAGUUUCCACUAUGCCAACACCACAACACAAGAUACUCAAAAAAAUCCAUUUUGGCUCACAGUGGCCAAUGGUCAGCAGUCAGCAGAUGGCAGCAGACACAGUAUAGGUGACUUGUUCUUAGAUGAUGGUGAAUCUCUCAUUAAUGAAACUGAACAUCAGCAUACAUUGAUAAAAAUGCACUACCAGGACAAUCACAAACAAGGUAGGCUGAGGCUGGAAGCAACAAUAUCCACAUACUCUCCUUAUCGAACAAUGAUACUUGCUGGUGUUGACAUUCUGGGAAUGUCAAGUAACGUGACUAUACAGUAUGUUCAAGUCAACAAUGAUACACUGCCGACAUCCAGUUACCUGUUAUUCGCAACAAAGAAGCUGUUACGAGUUACCCUUUCAGCUUCUACUACGCUUGAGUCAUUCACUCUAUUGUGGCAAGCAAGAAGUUCUUCAUAACUCUGCAAAUAAGAUGCACAUCCUUGUGUUCAAGCGCGGUAGACUCUAGUGCGCUUGCGCGUGUUUUGUUCGAUUUUCGAAAGUAGCACGUGGCAGGUUUUCUCCUUGCCAUUAGCUGUAUUGACCGUAGGCUUUACCGUUUACACACUGACAUGAAUGUUAAAUCAUUGAAUGAAA